UCUUUUUGUAAGCCCAACUACUAUCCAUUUUGUUUGUUUGUCGUGUUGCAUUUUGGUGACCUUCCUGGAGAUAAUACAAAGUCAAAUCACUUACAUGUAAUAAGAUAGAGCUCCCUGUCCUCUUCCACCAAAAAUUUGACAGAGUUGAACAGUUUAUGAGUUGAAUGGAAGUGGCUUCGAAUUUCCAAACUUUGUCUUUUGGACCAAGAAUCAGUCGACCCUACGCGAAUUUCGGGCACAUUGAGUUCAGAGGAUACAUAGCUUCAGCUCUUUCCAAUCUCAAAGGUGUUCAGAUUGAUCACCGCCUUCCUUCACCUUUUCAAAUGCAAUUCAAUGCAGUUUCAACUGGCAGAAUCAAAAUCAGGUCUGGAUAUUUGCCUGGUCAUGGUGCUUUUGAUUCAAAAAGUGGAAAUUUCACACCUUUAAGGCAAGGCCCCCGUUCACAUUCACUGAGACCAUACCGGGUCAUGAGUGAGGAUUCAGAAGGAACUUUGAGCGGUGAAAACAUCUUGCUAAAUGAGGAAAGCUUGGCACAGGAUCUAAAGAUUGCUAUAAAAGAGGAGAACUAUGCCCGAGCAGCGAAAAUUAGGGAUAGCCUCCGGCUACUCCAGGAGGACAGUAAAGCCUCUGUACUAGCAGCGAAUGCUCGCUUUUACAAUUCUUUCAGAAACGGAGACCUAGCUGCAAUGCAAACCCUCUGGUCAAACGGUGAGAAUGUUUGCGUCGUGCACCCUGGUGUUAGUGGCAUAACAGGGUAUGAUCUCGUAAUGGGAAGCUGGGAAUUCGUCUGGGCAGAAUAUGAUUUUCCACUUGAUAUCGAGAUCAGGGAUGUUCAAGUUCAUGUUAGAGGUGAUAUGGGGUAUGUUACAUGCAUUGAGAUGGUCAAAACUAAAGGCAGCAGCUGGGGAAAACAAUUUGCUACAAAUAUUUUCGAGAAGGUUAAUGCGCAAUGGUGUAUGUGUAUUCAUCACGCAUCGUAUAUCGACUUGUAAAAUGUGAACAAUAAAGCUCUUGUAGAGUUUGUGGAUAUUGAGUGUUGAAAGAGGAUGUUAGGCGCAGGAGUUUUGAAAUCUCGGCACAUAAAUUUUGAAGCUUUUCUUCUACUAUAGUUGUUUCGACCUAUUAUUAAUGUAUAAUAAUACUUUGCUAAUGAGUAGAGGUAAUGUGUGUAUGAUCA